GGAGGGGAGGCUGGGGUGCAAGUUUCGCAGGUGAAUCACGAGCUUGUGAGUCACUGCUAGAGGAAACCUUGAUCGAGGGACGCUAACCUUUGACACCGUUUUAAGCAGACGGCAGCGUGUGUUUUGCGUUCAAACGGAAUUGUUGGCGAAGUCGUGCCUCCAACGGCCUCAGUUGUGCGUCGACGCUGUGGGUAGGAGUUGUCUCCCCGCGGAGGCUGGUGCUGGGCCCUUAUCUGUGUGUAGACAGAGUCGGGAGGAGAGCGGAUCACAAGAAAUGAAGCAUAAAGAUAUUUCCUACCAUUGCGGCCUCCACUUCCAGUCUCUGUCUCCCGAAGUUGCAUGCUGCCAUGUAGAGAAGGUGACGUGGUUUCAAACUCAACUCUGAUCCAACGAUUGUUGGCACAAAGACUUGGGUCCAGCUAACGUGACCUAACCUCGGCCUUGAACUCUCAGAACAUCCCUGGCGCAUGCGCUCUGGAGCAGCACGAGACAGCGACUGGCCAGCGAGGACACGAGUGGUUUGGGCAAGGUGUGCGAGGACGUCACCCCACCAUGACGAUGAUGCAGCCCCUGACCAGUGUUGUUGUGCUGCUGAUGGCGUGCGUCUGCUGCACAGCGGGGGGAGGCUCAACGUCAGCAGCGUGCCGUGCGCACACUACGAGUACUACAACGCCAGCGCUGCCGCCUGCGUCCACUGCGAUGAGUUGUGUUUGCAGACGGUGAACAGCGAUGAUGUGGCCAUCGUUGAAGAAACGUGUGCAGACUUUUGUCCAGAUUACAUCAAACUACCCCGGGUGUCAAUCUACUCAGAACAACAGUCUGUCCAGCUGCCGGUCAUAGAGGGCACGCUCAUUGGUCUCAUGAUUGCCCUCCUCAUCGUCUCAUUCGUCAUCGUCUUCCUGUGGAAGAUCUCCAUAGGACACGCCCUGAAGAGCUGCUGCAGCGGGGUCAAGACGCUGCACAGCUCCCGCCACUGCUGCAGCUCCGCUGACGUCAGCGACAGAUCCUAUGUCAAGCUCUCCGAUCCUUCAGAUGAGGUUGAAAUUGUCUACAGGGUGACCUGUCUGUAAAACUUUAAAAACAAUGAUGUCCUCUCUAACGACGCGCCAGGUCGGACACCACCUUGGUGCUGUGCCGUUGGGUGGUCUCCCCUGACACCACCCUUGACGCUGUUACGUCAACCGCUUUGCUCGACACAACCCUUGGUGGCGCGACAUUCGCCAUUCACUGGACUCCACAAGUGAACAGUGUUCAGACUCAGGUGGGGGUCAAGGCGGUGACCUCCCAAGAAUCGCACGGAGGGGGAUGUAGGUGUGGCCCAUGUGACGUGCAGUGUGCGUGUCUGUGUCAUGUCAAGUGGUUUCGGUGAUCAUUGUGACGUGCGCUAGUUUAAUUAGCCAAUGUGACGUGUACUGUUAAGAGAAACAAUUGAAUGUUUGAGUGAUUUCGAGCGCGUGAGUGAACGGUUAAGAGAGAAUACAAAUGAGUGUGCGUUUCUUCAACCAUGUAUUCAACCAUGUAUUGUCUCCCGGUGUCUCGCUGUCGGCUAUGUCAAGAUAUAAAUAUGACCUGUUAUGACCUGUUAUGACCUGUUAUGACCUAUGUAGCACGCUUAGUGUGUGAAGGUCUAGUGGUGGCCAGACUGCCAGACAGGGGCCUUAAGGUACGAGGGUUCUUUUUGGGGGGAGUAAUCUUUCUGAAAAUAAUUUUGCUUUUGUUAUUUCAUUAGACCGGUAGCUGGUGUUAUGUUCUCAACUCAUGUGAAGUUUCUCUCUUUUGGAGAGCACAUUAUGUACGGUGUCCACUGAAGCAUGUUUUUUUCAAUUUAUUCUCGUAAGCAAUUGUUUUAAUGAAUAACUGUUUAUGUACCGCUUUGUGUGCACGCGCUCAGACACUGUAUACAAAUACUAAAAUAUACAAGGAUCCUGACACCGCAGAUGCAUUUUGAAAACGUUUGCAGACGGUGAAAGUGCACAGAAUAACUGGCUGACAAUAUUCUCAACUUUUAAAAGGGGAGCAUGUCUAAUCAUUGGUGAAUGUUGGUCUUACGUCAACAGUAAAUAAACA